AUGCAUCAUGGUCUACUUCUUUCCACAUGUGCUUCAUCUCUCCCUGUACUUAGACGGUUACAAUUCGGCCGUUGUCUGCUGAGUUAUGUUCCUAUCCAACGUGCCAAGACAUACGAUUGGAGGUUUUCGCUGAGAAAUAUUCGUUUAGAUUCGAGCCGCUUUGGCCCUCGAGCCAAUCCCAAUUUCUACAGAACAGAUGUUUAUGUGCCUUCACCCCCAGGCUGCUACUACGUUUCGGACUUCCGUAAAAGGACUGCGGAAGUGCUCAAUGUCGUGUCAUUGGUGCGAACGCAUGCCACGCCUGUCUGCUCGAUCCAUGACAUCACAGAGAGCCUUGCUUCCGAUCUCCUAGCCACGUAUCCUGCAGCUCUGGAGACCCUUAUCGUCUUCCAACCAGAUAUCCGAAACAAAUUCAAAGUUGAAAACCUCAUUAGAGCAGAUUGCAGUUUUUCCAAAGUCAAUCCUCGCAGCAAACGUCUUACUGCUGAGCAGAACAGCAUAUACCGAGUCACCACCGAAUGGCACUUGCCGAGUCCACCGCAAUCGGGAUAUGUGAUCUCGCUAGUAUUACAGACCGUAGAGCGCAGUGUAUCGACAGUCUACGGUCACUUGGAAUUUACCAGCUCUCGUUCGAGUCUCGCUUAUGUACAUCCAACGUUCGGCCUUCAUGAGGAGGUAGCAAGAUUUGCCGAACAGCUUCAAAGUGACAGAGCAGAAGGUGCGGCACUUUUGCUUGCGCAGUGUUUAUUCCACCUGGCCGAUAAACAAUCUCCAUGCAAACGCCUUCAAGAUGUUCGUGUGGUGAUGAGAGAAGUAUCGCCGCUGAUGGAGGGAUUCCGGACCAAAAGAGAAGCAAUGGUCGAAAGGUUGAAAAAAAAAAUCGACAACGAUUAUGCUACCGGUUGUAGCGUACACCUUGUACGUCAUGAAUACGAGCGAUCUCAGCGUAGCUUGCUCAGCAGCGAUGUUCAAAAUGGACGGCACCGAGCGUAUCUCGCGCUUGGAAGCAAUCUAGGCAAUCGCGUCGAGAUGAUCGAGUCGGCCGUCCGACAGAUGAGUGAUCGAGGGAUCACUGUACUUCGAACGAGUGCUCUAUAUGAAACCAAACCAAUGUAUUUAGAGAACCAGCAAUCAUUCAUCAACGGUGCUUGCGAGAUUGAAACAUCGCUAAGCCCGUUGGGGUUAUUAGACCAACUAAAGCUGAUCGAACAUGAUCUUGGAAGAGUGAAAACUGUAGAGAAUGGACCUCGGACCAUCGACUUGGAUAUUUUGCUGUACGAUGAAGAGCGGGUGGAGAACUUACGUCUCUCUAUACCCCAUAAGAGAAUGCUUGAACGUGAAUUUGUUCUUCGGCCUCUAUGCGAUCUCAUACCCGAUUCCAUUCCACCUACGCCUGAUUCGAUCGCUACAUAUCAAGAUAUCCUCGAACAACUGCCCGAAUCUACAGAUCCGCUAUCAGCUUUGACCCCACUGUCAGAUUAUCUCCCUCCGAUACGAAAUCAAUCCCCGACACGGCCCACCCAUCUUAUGGCCAUAUUGAAUCUGACCCCUGACUCCUUCUCUGAUGGCGGUCUCCACUCAACCGCAGAUCCUAUACCACUCUUGGAUACUCUGCGUUCCUACACAAACCAACGGCAUCCUGUCACCAUCCUCGAUGUUGGUGGUCAGUCGACUCGCCCCCAUGCCCCUCAAAUAUCCCCGGACGAAGAACUCUCCCGGAUCCUGCCCACCAUCGAAGCAAUUCGCUCCGACCCUUCCUUCCAAACGAUGGCAAUCUCCAUAGACACCUACCGCGCGUCCGUGGCGGCUGAAGCAAUCAAGGCAGGUGCGGAUAUCAUCAAUGACGUCUCAUCUGGCCAGCUAGACCCAGAAAUGCUGCCUACAAUAGCAAAGCUUGGCUGCACAUGCAUCUUAAUGCACAUGCGCGGCACCCCUGAGACAAUGAAGACCUUAAUUUCUUACCCGGACGGCGUGAUUAACGGAGUCGGUAACGAACUUCUGGAGCGUGUCCGCGACGCCGAGAAAGCGGGUAUCCGCCGAUGGCGCAUAAUGCUUGAUCCUGGAAUAGGCUUCGCGAAGACGCAAGCCCAGAGUUUGGAGCUGCUCCGCAGAUUUUCAGAACUGAGAGACUUUGAAGGCCUCAGGGGCUUCCCUUGGGUUGUUGGUGCCAGCAGGAAAGGGUUUAUUGGGAAGAUCACUGGGGUGCAGGAUGCAAGGGAGAGAAAAUGGGGCACCGCAACGACUGUCGCCGCGGCGAUACAAGGAGGAGCUGACAUCGUGCGGGUACACGAUGUGAGUGAGAUGGGGCAGGUGGUGGCGAUGGCGGAUGCCAUUUGGAGGGUCUGA